GUGUCAUCUUUGUACAGUCAACAGCUGGGUGGCACACCCGACAAAAACUUGCUUCUGUGACGUUUCAAAAGAGAUGGAAGUUGGGCUGCUUUGAAAUAAGCUUACCGUGCUUAUUAGGAGUCCAUUAUCCCAAUUGUCAUGGAUUUUAAUGUCAAGCGGCUAGCUGCAGACGCGGGUACCUUCCUGAGCCGUGCUGUACAAUUCACAGAGGAGAAGUUCGGUCAGGCUGAGAAGACUGAGUUGGAUGCCCAUUUGGAGAAUCUUUUGGUAAGAGCUGAGGCCACCAAACAAUGGACCGAGAAGAUUAUGAAGCAAACCGAAGUCUUAUUACAGCCCAACCCAAAUGUCCGACUGGAAGAAUUUGUGUAUGAGAAACUGGAAAAAAAGGCCCCGAUACGAAUGAACAACCAUGAACUGUUGGGCCAGUCCAUGAUUGACUCAGGAAAUGAAUUUGGUCCUGGCACUGCAUAUGGAAAUGCUUUGAUAAAAUGUGGCGAAACCCAGAAGCAGGUUGGCGGUGCAGCGCGAGAGUUAAUUCAAAGUUCUGCCAUCAAUUUCCUGACCCCUUUCAGGAACUUUCUGGAGGGGGAUUUCAAAACAAUCCUGAAAGAACGGAAGCUGCUGCAGGUCAAACGCUUGGAUCUGGAUGCAGCCAAAACAAGACUCAAGAAGGCCCGCAUGGCAGAUGCUAGAGCUGUGGCAGAACAGGAGUUGAGGAUGACUCAAAGUGAAUUUGACCGUCAGGCUGAGAUCACCAGACUGCUGCUAGAAGGCGUCAGCAGCACCCAUGCACACCACCUCCGCUGCUUGAAUGACUUUGUGGAGGCUCAGACUACAUACUAUGCUCAAUGUUACCAGUAUAUGGUGGAUCUGCAAAAGCAACUGGGAAGUUUUCCUUCAUCAUUCUCCAAUAACAACCAGUCGUCAGUGUCUGAAACGGCCAGCAUCUCAGUGCCGACCAUACCAGUGUCGGCGUCCCUGCCCAGCUCUUCUAGCCGUGGCGGCUCAGCCACAUCAGGUGGCUUCAGUGAAUUACGUAGCUCCAGCGGCAGCCGCAAUGCGAGGGUCCUUUACGAUUAUGACGCCGCGAGUAGCAGUGAACUAUCCCUGCUGGCUGAUGAGGUGAUCACAGUCAGCAGCGUGCCUGGCAUGGACUCAGACUGGCUGAUGGGAGAGCGAGGCAGUCAGAAGGGAAAAGUGCCAAUCACCUACCUGGAACUACUUAACUGAAACAUGCAAAUAGUCCCUUCAGUUGUGAGCUUACAUUGCCUUGUCAGGAGUUACUUCCUCUUCCAUUCACAUUCAGUUUUUCUCUCUCUCUCUCUCUCUCUCUCUCUCUCUCUCUCUCUCUCUCUCUCUCUCUCUCUCUCUCUCUCUCUCUCUCUCUCUCUCUCUCUCUCUCUCUCUCUCUCUCUCUCUCUAUCUCUAUCUAUCUAUCUAUCUAUAUAUAUAUAUAAAAGCAAACACACAAAGCAAGGCUCUAUUUUAGUGGGGACACUUGAACUCGUUGAAGCUGGAAUCAAUUCAUUUAAUUGAAGGGAGGGGAAAUGGAGCUGAUGUUUUUGUACAUCUUCCUUACAUUUAUAAAAAAAAAAAAAAAAAAAAAAGCCUCUCUUCCAUGCCUUUUGUAUUUGAUGUUAAGCAAUUUGCAGUAUGUGCCAGAACAGCUCCCAAAGGUUUCCAUGCAUUUCUUUUUGUUUACAUUGUUUGUCAUCUCAGCUGGAGGCCUAAAUGUGUAAGUUUUGGGUCUCUCUACUUCCCCCACUGCUAGCACCAAGUACAUUGGCAUUUAAAAAAAAAAUAAUAAUAAUAAUACACUUCAGCUUUAAGUACAUUGAUUACCUUAUGGUGCAGUUAUGGAUAACCUAAACAAUAAUAUGUUUAUGAUAUUGUUCAUGAAAUAGUAGUGGGGAAAAAUUACAUAAUAUGUGAGCAGUUUGAAAUCACAUUUUUAUUUAAAAAAAAUAUAUAUAAAAUCAUUUAUUGUCUUGGCACCAAUACCAACAGUAUUCUGAUAGUCAAUUCAUUCUCCUUUUUAGUCAUGACUCCUGUUACCUGAUAUUUAUUGCUAAUUGGGAAACUAAAUUGUCACAUCUCUCUAGGAAAUUGUCAACCCAAAGCUAGUUUAUGAGAUUAAGUUAUUACUGAGUUGGUUCUUGGCAAAUAUUUUGUUUUAUCGUAUGACGUAGUGAUUGCUUUGAUACUGAUGAGCGUGGCAUGGCUUACACCCUUCCUGAAACCUGAAUUGCAUCUCAACAUAUAAAUAAAAAAUGCUGCCUUUA